ACGUCUUAUAAGGAUAGAAAUAAUUUCACGUGGUCUCAAAAUACAGAAUCUCGUCAAUAUUAAACGAAAAAAGUAUGGAAAUGAAAAAUGAAAAUUCAAAUACCGAUAAUCAUCAAAAUGAAGAAAAUGAUUAUUUUCAAACGAUUGGUAGCCGAAAAAAAUUGAAAACAAUCAAAGUGAAACCAAAUCUUCCAAAAUGGAUUAAUGAAUCUGUUAAUUAUUCGGGAGAUAUCGAAAACAAUUCAGUUGGCCUGAACGAAAUCGAAAAAAUAAUUGAUGAAUGUUUGUCAAAUAAUCUUCGAAAAAAUGGUAUCGAAAAAUUGUUUCCUGUACAGAAAGAAGUUAUACCAAAAUUAAUAAACACUCUAAAGAAAAAAAGAUAUUUUCGACCAAGAGAUAUUUGUGUUAUAUCGCCGACUGGUAGUGGAAAAACAUUUGCUUAUUCAAUUCCAGUAAUUCAAUAUCUACUUGAUCGAAUAGUGACACAGAUUCGAGUGUUGAUCAUAUUACCCGUACAAGAUUUGGCCAAUCAAGUUCAUAAAGUGUUUCAAAAUUUGUGUGAAAAUACAACUCUUCGAGUUGGAUUGGCAACUGGAUCAUCAUCAUCUAAUAUGUUUUAUAAGCCAAAUAUUGAUGGAACUCAAACAAUUUGUUUGGCUGAUAUUCUAAUAGCAACUCCAGGAAAACUUGUUGAUCUUAUUAUGAAUAAUGAAAAUGGUUUCCAUUUACGAAAUUUAGAAAUAUUAAUCAUCGAUGAAGCAGAUCGAAUGAUGAAUGAAACACAAUUACAAUGGCUCAGUACAAUUGAAUAUGCUGUUCAUGGAUCAAGUAGUAAAUUUUAUUGUCCAUGUUUGGCUCCAGAUAAUGGAAAUCGACAAUGCAAUUAUAAUGUUGAUCCAUUUUGUGCUUGUUCAACAUUUAAUACGGGAAAAACAUUGUUGAAGAUUUUAUUUUCAGCAACAUUUACAACUGAUCCGGAAAAAAUAGAAAAUCUUUCGCUAUACAAUCCAUUGUUAAUCAAUAUGAACAGCGGACAUGAUGAUGACAAAAAUAUGACCGAAAAAAUAAAUCCUGUAGCUUUGCCCGAAAAUCUAAAAGAAUUGAUGGUCAUUUCUGAUCAAGAUAAAAAACCGCUUAUUUUAUGGCAUUUAGUAAAAAAUUUAGGCUAUAAACGAAUUCUUUGUUUUGCAAAUUCAAUUACAAAUGCUCAUAGACUUGAUUAUUUGAUGAAAAAACUACCGGAAUUGACUGUUGAUGAACUUCAUUCAAGACAAAACAUUCAUAAAAGGACAAAAAUUUUAAAGAAAUUUGAAAAUGGACUUAUUCAUAUAUUAAUAUCGACAGAUGUUACAGCUCGUGGUAUGGACAUUGAUGGUAUUGAUUGUGUAGUUUCUUAUGAUCUACCACGUAAUGAAACUGCAUACAUUCAUCGAAUUGGUCGUACAGCUAGAGCUGGAAAACAAGGAACUGCCAUAACAUUAAUUUCACCUGAUCAAUUAAAACAUUUUAAUAUUAUAAUACGACGAUCACAUAAAUCAUCAUCUAAUGAUCAAAAACAAAUGAUUGAAAAAUUAUCCAUUAAAAAUUCUGAUUUAAAACCAUUAAUCGGUAUCUAUACUAAAGCAUUGGAACAAUUAAAAAUGGAUGCUAAAAAUGAAUGGAAAAAAGAUGCUAAUGCUAAACGACAACAAUUACGAAAUAAAUCUUCAUUUAAAUCAUGAAGAAGAAGAAAAAAACUGUAUCGAUUUACAAAUGUAUUUUCUUUGCCGCGGUACUGUUUUAUUAAAUGUCAAAAAUUACAUGUUUGCCCAAGAACGUACAUUACGAACAGACAGAAAACAAGC